AUGGCCGGUCUUUCCCAGGAGAAACUGGAGUUUUCUCGGAAAGCCCCUGGACGCUCCACCGCUGCAGAAGUCCGGGUGCGCAAACGCAGGCGGACCAACGUCACUCGCAUAAUCAUCGGCUCAAUUAGGGCCGAUCUGGACCCCGGCGAAACUGGCUCUGGGGCCCCGGAUUUCGUCGUGGACGUGGAGCCUCGGAUCAACGGUCUCAUCGACAUAUACAGGGAUCCCCGGACGGGCGGCUGUGCUCGGGUUUGCGUCACAGAUGACCACACUACUGCUCAAAAAUCAAGCAUGUUCGCCACAGACAAGCCUGAUGAAGACCCCAGCCAUAUGGGGCAUGAUGAUGUGCACACCCCGUUUGCCCGAAUCAUCAGCAGCGGCAAGAACGUGGCGGGCUUGUCGAUCUCGUGUUUUCUGGAUAUGUCUGCCGGAAGAUCUACUGGAACACGUGACAAGCUGGCUUUUUCUGGCGAGAUCCAGCAGCUUGCAGAUUCCACCGAGGACGACACCGCCGUGUCAGAUGCUUCUAUUUCGGACGGCCCCGAAACAGGCUCGCAGGCCCUCGUGCCUUUUGGUGGAUACGGAAAUCAGGGUGCCUCUGCAAAUGAACCGCAGACCAGAGACCAUAAAGGGCCGCAGCUAUUCCUUGGGCCGGCUCUUGCCUGGGACGCGUCUUCCGAAAUUGGAAGUACAAGGAAAGGCAAACGUGGCCUGGUGCACGUGCCGAGCUUUUCUGAAAACGACAGCCCGUUACAGCUUCAACAGGGUACUCAUGGGUCACAAGACGCACGUGGCUCUUUAGAUUCCAAAGGUCCUCAAAACGGAGAAGAAACUCAGGACGUAGAAGACACCCAAGACGCAGCCGAUACUCAAAACCCAGACGAUUUUCAAAACCCAGACGAUUCCCAAAACCCAGACGAUUCCCAAAACCCAGACGAUUCUCAAAACCCAGACGAUACCCAAAACCCAGGCGAUACCCAAAACCCAAACGAUACUCCAGACACCCCUGAGCAUUCGCAUGAUACAGACACGCGUGAUACUGACCGUCUAUAUACACUCGACAAGGACUCGCAAAAAACCUAUGGCCGCUUUCACGGCGCCGAUUUUCGAGACUUGGAUCUGCUCCCCAUGUCUCGGAUUGGCACCCGCAAAUCCGACAGUCAUCUGUGGGGGCUGACCGAUUCCUUCGGUGCCUUGGCCGUUCAGGUCAAUGAGGAAAUCUUGAAAGCCGCUAGAAAAGCCCAAGCAAACGAGCCUGAGCAGGAGGCACAUCCGCUGCAAUGCAGCAUCCAUCCGGACUGCUCUGAAUGGCCAAACUGCCUGCUCCAGUCCAGCAAAAGUACAAGGUCGACACGCAAACGAAACAGGUCUACCGGAUUGGGCGCCACUCUGCCUGCUUCUUCACCCUCUGCGCCCAAGGCAACAAAAAGGGCCACUCGACAAAGCUCAGCGAAACUGGAUACAGGUCUUCAUUCAGGGCGUACUUUGAAAAAUGGCAUUAAUCACACGCAGGGCCCCAGCAGCCGGCCUAAUGCACACGCAAACGAGACCUCAAGCAGCACACAGGAGCAAAGCCCUCCUAAAAAGACCAAUGUCUCGCCUGCUGAGGAAAGCCUCAUAUUUUGUGAUAUAUGCAAAUUUGGGAUAUCCCCGAGAAUCAGCUUGGCCGAGCACAUGAUAACGCACGAGGAAAUCAGUUUCUAUGAGACCCCGGCCUUUUAUGACUGUCUGUAUUGCAAGACCCGUGUUUUCUCCCAGGACAAUUUGGAUCGCCACAUGAAAAAACACAGGCUCUCGAGGCGAUAUGAUUGCAUUCACUGUUCGGAAACAAGGACCUCCAGGAGGUCAAUGGACGAUCACAUCCGGCGAGUCCAUACACAUGAAAAGCCGCAUAAAUGCAAGGUGUGUCACCAGCUGUUCCAUUCGUCGAGGGACAGGUGGCGCCACGAAAAAGGACAUGAAGAAGCCCGCAAGAACUUCAGAUUGGGCGAAGAAAAAGCAAGUGUGUUUGAAGAAAAACCCAAAAGAAUCGAAGAGCCUCACAAAUGUGAGAAGUGUGACCAAAGUUUUGGGUCGUCCAGAGAGAAGUGGCGCCAUCAAAAAGAAUACUUAGGGCACGCAUCAGAUGUAGAUCAGAUAGUUCCUGAUGACCACGCAACUAAACCCCCUCUAGUCGAGAAAGAUCUGGAAGCUUUCUCCUGUCCAUUCUGUGCGCUGGCGUUCUCAGAAAAGCGGAUUUUUGUUCAGCAUCUAAAAUCUCACGGGCUGAAAUAUAAUCGCUCAACUAGGUCUUCCUGA